UCUACUGGGCGUUUUAAUAACAAACUUGUUCUCAUUGAAGCAACAUAUCUCUACUAUCAGUUUUCGGAAUUAUCUUUUGCAAGUGAAAUAAAGUGAAUGUUUCCGUACUAUCUACGUGAUUUGUUUUGAUUUUGUUAUGUUGGUAGCACUGAUCGCGCCACUUUACGUCAUUCGCGAAUUCUGUCAUUGAUCUAUUUUUAUUUUAACAAUAUUUAUUAACAAGGCUCAGCGCAGUGCGAUAGUAAAGUGCUCGAUACUGAAACAUUAAACUGGACCAGAAAUAUCUAUAUUAUCUAGACAUUUCGAUCUAUUAGUGCGCGUUCGGUUGUGGACGAAAACAGUAGUGUACGUGACUCGGAAAUAAUACGUGAAAAAUAAAAUAUUGUACUUUAUAUUUUACUUUAAUUUGUCGUAUAGUGUGUUGUAAAGUAACAUGUCGUCCUUCGGGGGACAAUGGAAAAUAAUACGCCACUAUUUAUCCAUGGCAAAUUUAAAUGCAGAAGUUGAAAAACUAAUGCAGAAAAUUAAACCCGCUACGCCCGAACAAUGGGAGAAUUUAAUCAAGAAAUUCGAAAAAGCAGUCUCAAUAAGAUUGACACAAAUUAAAGAAGGAACGAAAUCUAUUGACAACAGACCUGCUCAUGUAUUAAAUGCUUCCACAAUCGAAGGUACUACAAAAGAUGUACAGACAGAAAAACAAAAUACAAUAGAAAAAACAGAAGAAAAGUCACAGGCUGGACUUAGUGUAGGUUCGGAGGCAAAAGAGAUUACAUUCGAAAGUUUCCUACAAGGUUUAAAAUUGAAAAAAGAUUUGCAUUUUGGAAAAAUAUCCGAACAAAGUUGGAAAUCAAAUAAACCUAUUAUUACAAAGACAUCAAUACACUCACGUACAGCCUAUGUCAUAUCAGCAAUAGUGACUGCAGAGACACUGGAAUGUCUGCGGAAGAGGACGGAGCACUUUAUAGAUCAUCUAAUACAGUAUCCGGAAGCUAGGGAUUACGCUAUUAAGGAGGGUGCUGUCCGUGCUUUAUUACGAGUACAGAAUAAAUUAAGGGAUGACACAGAUAUGACAAGAGAAGUUAAAGGGAUUGUUAAUGAGGCCCUAGCCCUAAUGGGUUAUACUGGUCCUACAAAAGGUCCGGGUCCUAAUAUUUUGUCUAUUGAUGGUGGAGGUAUCCGAGGUAUAAUAGCCAUAGAAAUACUACGACACUUGGAGAAAUUGACCGGUCAAAAAGUACAAGAUAUGUUUGAUUAUAUCAUUGGAGUUAGUACUGGAGCUAUUAUAGCUGCUGUUAUUGGUAGCGGUGUAGGUAACUUAGACACUGCGAAUCAGAUGUAUCAUACAUUGUCUAAGAAGAUGUUUGGAAAUACCUCAAUUAUUGGUGGUACUUCUCGGCUGGUGUGGACGCACUCGUACUAUGACACUGAGGCGUGGGAGAAGAUGCUGCGAGAGAACUUGAGAGAUUGCACACUCACUGAGUGCAAUAGAUAUAACACGCCUAAAAUGGCGUUAGUGUCGUGUGUGGUGAGCCCGGGCUCUCGUCUAGCGCCGUUCCUGUUCCGUACAUACGAGUGCGGUUUCCGCGUACGGUCAGUGUUCGGGGGCACGGCGCGGGCCGCGGUGUGGCAUGCGGUGCGCGCCUCCGCAGCUGCACCUACUUACUUUGAUGAGUUCAAACUAGAUGGCGCUGUACAUCAGGACGGUGGUAUAAUGGUUAACAACCCAACUGGGGUAGGUUUACAUGAAGCUAAACUCCUAUUUGGGGCAAACUCGGUGAAAAAGGGUACAGUUAUUUCAGUAGGGACCGGCAGAGCUCUAAAUAAACAUUCAGAUUAUCAACUGAUGAGUAAAGGAAUGAAUAAAGAAGCUUCAAGUACAAGUUGGAAAGAUAAAUUCAAUAAGAUUUUAGACUCUGCGACUGAUACAGAAGGUGUCCAUUUAAUAUUAAACGAUUUACUACCCCCUGGUAGUUAUUUCCGUUUUAAUCCACCCUUAAUGGAGGAAUGUGCGAUGGACGAAAUAAAUCCUGAAAAAUUAAAUAAUCUAAUAACAGACACUAAUGCAUAUAUAAGAAGAAAUCAACAUAAAUUUGAACAAGCCGCAUACAUGUUGAUGAGAAAAAGGAGCAUUUCACAAAAAAUGGCGGAUUAUAUUUAUCAUAAGAGUCAAAUUAUGGGCAUCGUACAAACUAACUGACGUUCAGACAAUCAGCAAGAUCUUGAUACUUGCUGAUUUGUAAUAAACAGUAGAAUUGAUAUUAUAUCAGUAAUAGUCCAAAGAAAUACAGAAAAUCCAUUAACUUUGCGAAGUAAUCCAUAAAAUCCAAUAACUUUGCAAAGAAACUCUAUAUUCUAUAUUGACUGUAGCAAAGAAAUCUUUA